UUUACGCAUCGCAAGUUAGUCGUUUGUUAAGCUUAUAUAUUUUAAACGUGUAUACCUAGUACGAACGGUUUUUUUUUCAUAAAAUGAAUUUACAAUUUGUUUUUUUUUUUUUAAUCCUUUAUUCAAACGUUUGCAGCAUAUCUACAGAAAAGGGCAAUGAAUUACCCUCGGCCGCUGAAUUAGACGAAAAUGCAAUCGCAGGACUAAUAAAUGAUGAAGCGCAAGAAAAAUGGGGUUAUAUUUUAAAACAAAAUAUUUUAUAUAAUGAUAAAUAUCAUGCCCUAAAAGCUUAUAUUGAUCAUUCUACCGGCGAAGUAAAAGACUUUAAUGUCCACAAAAUAAUCGAGGAAUAUGUCAAAAGUGACGAAAUGGAUAAGCACGCAAAUCUAGAUGAUAUACGUAGCUUAAUUCAAGAUGCUACCCACUGUGCCGGGUUGAAGUAUACUAACCUGUUUGCAACGAUAAUUCUCAGAGACUUGUUACCAUUCUUGAUGAAUACCGUCAAUAUCAAUAAACCAACAAAAAAUCAGAUGUCACAAGAUGAAAUAGAUGCGAUGAACAAAAAAGUUAACGAAGAAUGUGAUAACGACCCUGAAAUUCAGAGUUCACAAGCCUCGUUAGACAGUAAAAAAGAAAAAGACGAACCCAAUGAAACCUGUACUUGUAACAAUGACAUAGAAAAAGAGACAGGCACCGAUAAAGAAUUUAACAUCAUCACCGGAUCAAUCUUCGAAAAGUAUUGCAUGAAUUUCAAUAUAGUCACAUGUAAAGGUAAAAUUAAUUGUCAUGGAAUGGGCAAAUUAGAGGGGGAUAAAUUGGAAAUUGAUUCUACAUGGCAAAAUUUAAUACGAAAGAGAGCCGUUCAAGAUAUAGAAUACCGUAUUAAUCUAGAAGAAUUUAAUUCGAUUUUUAAUCGUCUUGUGACGGUCAAACCUGUUGUCAUCGAUUUAUACGAGAUUGUAUGCAUUCUUAUUUUCACAGUACGAAAUACUGACGAAAAAUUACAGCAAAAAUGCUUGCCUCAUAAUGGGAGUUUUGUAAAAAAGUACCAAUCCUUAAGCAAUGAACUCGGUGAAGAAUUCGUCCAAUUCAUUAAGAAAUUAGAUGAAAAUGGAAAUUUUUGGAAAUCACUUGACGACUUUUUCUCACAGUUCGACGAUUCACCGGAGGAAACGUCGAACCAAAUGUCAAAGGUAGCUUUGUGGGACUCUUUAUGGGAAAAUUUGAACACAACUGUAAAUGAUGACAAACAAAUGUCGAAGGUAAUGCUAGAGGUAGAUUUGUGGGAAGCUUUAUGGAAAGAAUUAGACAAACCUGUAGAUGAUGACAUAAAACAAGCUAAAUAUCGUAACUUGCUAGGUAUAAUUCGCGCUAACGUCCCGUUUUAUAUAUAUCAAGCUAAUUUUAAAGACGAAAAUACUACGGAAGUUUCUUUGGACAUAACAUAUGAUAAAGAAGCAGAAGAAAAAAGCCGUUUCGAGAAUGCAACAAUCCGGAAAUUAUCGUUCAGCACUUCUUUUGAAAAUGAUUUUGAGAAUUUUGAGAAUGAAGAUGCGGAAGAAUCCAACAAUAACGUUUCUGAUGAUAAAAACACUGAAGUUUAUUAUUUUAAAGGAACAGUUUAUCUUAAUAAUGCUAAUUUAUCUUAAUACAUAAAUGUCAUUAUGGACAUUAUAUUAUAAAAAAUAACCUUAAAUUAUGUUUAGGUAAUAAUUUUAAAAUUAUUUAAUUUUAUUCAUGCAUGAAUACCGAUUACAAUUAAA